CCAUCAAGUCCAGAACAAUCUGAUGCAGAGGAUGACGACACGGAGGAGGAGGAAGGAGAAGAAGAACUGGAGCAAAAAACAGCCUAUCAGAAGCUUCUAUCAACUCUAAAUCAACCUGCAGGUGAAGACGARGAAAGCUCUGAUGAUGAAGAUGAGGAAGAAGAGCUUCUUGUUGAAGAGGACAGCGACGGAGCUGGACACGGAAAUGAGGAUGGUGAAGAAGAUGAUGGUCCUGAAGAUGAAGACGUUGAUGUGAAGGAGGAGGAUGAGAAGAAGGAGGGGGAUGAAGAGUUUGUGGACAAGGAGCACGAGUCGGAGUUCUGUUUGGAGACAAACUUUAUGAUUAAAGGAGAACAUGAAGAAAAAUCUGCACAGAAUCAUAACGGUGAUGUGUUUUUCCAACAUUUGGACACAGAACUCACUGAGGAGGAUAUAAAUAACAUCACAUCUGGCAGCAAAUCCAAAACUCAAAUUACGUGGCCUAAACUGGGGAAUCUUCUCUGCACCAAAACCUUAGAUAAUUUUGGCUCCAUCGUCCCACAUAAAGACACAAAUUUACCUCAUUUUCACAAACUGUUAGAAAGCAGCUGGAAAGAUCUGAACCGGUCCUCGGAUCCAAAAUUAGAAGCUGAAGAGAUCAGUCCUCUGCAGCUGGAGCUCCUGGCCCUCAUGGGUUCUUACAAGGACCUCUUUUAUUCUGAGAUGUGCCCCAUGAAGCACCAUCCCCAGGUUCUUAGCGUGUACUGCCUCCACGUGCUCAACCACGUCCUGAAGGCCAACUCCAGAGUCCUGGCCCACAACGCCGAGCUCAGGGAGCAGAAAGAUAAAGCUAAGGGCCGAGGCAGGGUGGAGCUGCAAGACGAGCCCAGAGACCAGGGGCUGACCAGGCCGAAGGUCCUGAUCCUGGUCCCGUUCCGUGGCGGUGCCCUGCGAGUCGUCCACACGCUCAUCAGCCUGCUGGAGUCCAAAGGCAAGAAGAUCGUCGUCAGCAACAAGAAGAAGUUCAAAGAAGAGUUUGGCGAGGAGGCCGACGAGAAGCCACCCAACCUGCGCAGGCCGGACGAUUAUCACGCUAUUUUCUCAGGCAACGUGGACGAUCACUUCAGGAUCGGUGUGUCCAUUGUGAGGGGCAACAUGCGUCUCUACGCCCCCUUUUACUCGUCGGACAUCAUUGUUGCGUCUCCGCUCGGCCUUCGCACCGUGCUGGGAGCAGAGGGAGACAGCAAACGAGACUUCGACUUCCUGUCGUCCAUCGAGUUGCUGGUCCUGGACCAGGUGGACGUUUACCUCAUGCAGAACUGGGAACACAUCUUGCACAUCAUGAAACACAUGAACCUGCAGCCGCUGGACUCCCACGGGGUCGACUUCUCCAGAGUCAGGAUGUGGAACCUGAACAACUGGGCCAAACACUACAGGCAGACGUUGGUGUUCAGCUCCAUCCAGGACCCCCAGAUAAACAACAUCCUGACGAAGCACUGUGCCAACUACAGAGGACAGGUUGUGACUAAAAAUGUGCCACACACCGGCUCCAUCUGCCAGGUUCUGGUCCAGCUGCCUCAYGUGUUUCAGAUGUUUCCCUCCGACAGCUUCAUCAACCAGGACGCUCGGUUUCGGUUUUUCGUGGACAAAGUCCUACCUCAGUACAAGGACUCGAUUAUGUCCCACACCCUGAUCUACGUCCCAUCCUACUUCGACUACGUCCGACUGAGGAACCACAUGAAGAAAGAGGAGAUGAGCUUCACCUGCAUCUGCGAGUACUCCAGCAAGUCGGAUGUGUCUCGAGCGCGCCACUUCUUCCAGACCGGAGAGAAGCAGUUCCUGCUCUUCACCGAACGUUUCCACUUCUACAAGAGGUACACCAUCAAAGGGAUCCAGAACCUGAUAUUUUACGGGCUGCCCACCUUCCCUCACUUCUACAGCGAGGUGUGUAACAUGCUGGCGGCGGGGGGUCAGGGRGAGGAGGCCAGCUGGACCUGCACCGCCCUCUACUCCCGAUUCGAUGCCCACAAACUGGCCGCCGUCACCGGAGCACAGCGAGCCGGACAGAUGCUGCACUCCAACAAGAAGGUCCACCUUUUCGUCACYGGAGCAGAGGACAAAACCUCCUGAGGGGUCAAAGAUGAACUGCUUUUAUACGCUGUUAAAAUCAUUCCACUUUCACGUGUCGGAGCAGAAACAUUAAGUCAGUAAAAUAAAUGGUUUUAUUAAAA